AUGUCCACAGAAAUGUUCCCGACUGUCGCCGAGGACGAGAAACAUGGUCCAGGAACAACGAUUACAGAAAAGGAGGCCAGCUCAAUCACGGAGGACGACCAAGAGAAGGACAAAGCUCUUAUGGGACUGGUCAUCGGACGACUGUUCUGCGGCUCUGCUGUGGCUCUCGCAACGUUCUUGGCCUGGAACUAUCGAAAAGGAGAUGACGGGCUGAUCCCAUCAUCAAUGGCCGGCAAGAGGCCCGUCUGGUCCGCUGCCGCUACAAACUUCACAUUUGUUGGCUCGGCGAUGAUCCAGAUCUACCUGCUCCCGCUCUACUUCCAGGCCGUCCAAGGCGUCACGCCGGUCCAGAGCGGGAUCAACGUUUUGCCAAGCAUCUUGUCACAGCUAGCUUUUGCCUACGGCGGAGGCGUGCUAGGUACGGAAGCCUAUGGAAUUGUUCCAUAA